UUUCUCACCCAUUGUUUAAGUGUGUUGUUUCGUUUCCCACGCAUUAUGCUCGCGCUUUGCUAUUGGAAUAGUUGAUGUUGCUGACUGUUUGAGAGCCGAAGCGAUCAUGUCCGAGAAGGUGAGCGCGUCCUUGGCAUCGCAAUUGCAUUCGCAUGCAUUGGCCACAACCGACGGAAGUGGCGCCGCUGCCGGCUGCCACCAUCCCACCACAAAGGAUGCCCAUCCCCCGCUGCAGUUCGAAAUGGAUGCCCCGGCGGCGGCAAUCAGUGCGCAGUUGAAUUUCAAAAUAAUGCCAGCGGACAGUCUGCCCGGCCUGAGCUACCAGGAGAUGUUUGCUUCCAUGAACACAUCACAAAUCUCCAAUGCCUCCACCGAGGCAUCCUCCAGCUGCAGUCCACAAUUGGGACUGGGACUGGGUCUGGGAUUGGGUGUGCCAAUGGGGCCCCCGCCACCAAAGCCCAGUCGCCAGCAUAUGGCUGUGCAGCCAUUGACCACAUCCAAAUCGUGUCGCUUUCCCAAGCUAGAGGAGUGCGCACAUUUCCACUACGAGCGCGUACAACUGGGACCCCUCUCUGUCCAGCUGCUGGAUGACAAGUCCGAGCACAUGGGCAGCAGCAUAGCCUCCCAGUCGAUUGGCGGCGAUCUGCCGCACAGCUCGCUGAGGAGCUUCUCCCCCGAGAGCUGUUGGUUCAUCAUUCGUGUGUGUCCGCAGCGCUGCGAGCCCUUUCUGAUCAAAAGAUCCUUUGAGAAUAUGCAACUGCUCGACGAAAUGCUGCAUCGCUGUGUGUACGAUCGAAAGAUCAGUGGCCUGAGGAACAUGGCAGAGCUGGCCGAAGAGCUGCCGAGCGAAACGGAUGUGGAGUAUGCGGUGGGCAAGUACUUGGAGCGCUUCUCGAAGAUUGCCUCUGAUUCCCUGACCUGCGGCACCAUCCUGACGUGGCUGCAGCUGGACAACAAGGGGCGACGCCUGCCCCUGGCCGAUGGCGAGACGCAGCGAACCAUCAACACCCCGGCGGUGGGGGCAGCUUAUGGCGUGAGGCGCUAUCAGGCCCAGGCCCCGGACGAAAUAAACAUCGAAGUGGGGGAUAUGAUCUCAGUGAUCGACAUGCCCAGUCCCGCCGAGUCGAUUUGGUGGCGCGGCAAGAAGUCCCAUCUGCAAAAGUCCCUCUACGAGGUGGGUUUCUUUCCGCAGUCGUGCGUGGCCACCAUUGGGGACAAGGUGCCGAGGAAUUUCCCCAUGCCAGCGCCCCUAGUGGGCCAUCUGGAUGCCUCACCGACGAAGCCAGUGCUGCGUAAACAUGGCAAGCUGAUAGCCUUCUUUCGAUCCUUUAUCCUGUCGCGUCCGUCGCGGCGACGGCUCAAACAGAGCGGCAUUUACCGCGAACGGGUGUUCAACUGCGAUUUGUCGGAACAUUUGCUGAAUAGCGGCCAGGAUAUACCCAUGGUCCUGCGAUCCUGUGCGGAGUUUAUAGAGAACUAUGGUGUCAUCGAUGGCAUCUAUCGACUCUCUGGCAUCACCUCGAAUAUCCAGCGUUUGAGACGCGCCUUUGACGAGGAACGAGUCCCGGAUCUAGGCAAUCCGGAGAUGAAACAGGACAUCCAUGCCGUCAGUUCGUUGCUAAAAAUGUACUUCCGUGAGCUGCCAAAUCCUCUGUGCACCUACCAGCUUUACGACAAUUUCGUGGAGGCCAUACAGGUGAAGGCCGACGAGGCGGAUGAGCGUCUGAGGCUGAUGAAGGAGACGGUACUGAAGCUGCCGCCGCCACACUACAGAACCCUCAAAUAUCUGGCUGAGCAUUUGUACAAGGUCUCGCAGCAUCACGAACGCACUGGCAUGACGGACAAGAACCUGGCCAUUGUUUGGGCCCCCAAUUUGUUGCGUUCCCCUGCCCUCGAGUCUGGUGGGGUGGCCGCCCUUCGAGGCGUUGGCGUCCAGGCCGUGGUCACCGAGUACCUGAUACGGAAUUGCCAUAACAUAUUCGAUGCUCUGGAGGACCAGCGUCACAGUGUGCUGCCAGUGGCAGUGGCACUGAAUCCUAGCGAGAGAGUAGAGCUCCGUUUGGAGUCACUCACCGACUGCGAGAGCCUGCUGGUGGAACAACGCGAACAGGAUCAAUCUUUGGGUAUGGUAGAGCGCCCCAAGAGCCUGAGCACGGGAGGAGCCAAGCUCAUCAGCCUGGAGGAGGCCCAAGAGCGACACUCACGCAUCGAGGGGGGAGAUCUGAAGCAUUCGCUGCCGAUUAGCAUGCUGGCAAGCAGCUGCAGCAGCACCACCAAUGCCGCUGCUGCUGCUGGGAACGCAGCCACCAAUAUAGGAUCUUACAUCGAGGUGGGCGGAGGUCCCUCCAGUCUCCCCGACAAAUACCACACAGUGCUGUCGGCGCCACGCAGCUGGCAGAAGCGUAAACCAGACAAAACGCCCUCAUGGAAGUCGAUUUUUACGCGCAGUCAGCGUCAGGGCAAUGUCGAUCCCAGCCACAAGAUCACCAUUGAAGCGGGUGGCGGAAAAUUGGAUCCUGUGUCUUCGCGCGUUAGCUUUGUCCAGGCCUCCCAUGCGCAUGCCAGUAAGGAGCUCUCGAAGCACGACAAGCCCAAAUCUAUAGAGCUGCUGGAGACAACACACGAACGAGAGCCCAAGCCCAUGGAGCUGUGCAUACGCUCCAAUUCCAUUGACAGCCUGCGGACGGUGGGUCAUUCGCGCAGCGUCUCCCAUGACUCGUACUUUGAUCUGCUGCAGUCCCCCCAGCGGGGACACGUGACCACCUGCCCCUCGAGGGAGCUCUCAGAGCUGGGGCUCAAUUUCGAUCGCGAGGAGCCGGAGAUGCGCAUCUUUUCGGAGAGCGAAUCGCUCGUCAGUUCCCCGCGUGUGGGCAAAGAGAACGUCCCCCCGGCGUCGGGAUGCGCCACGCGCAGGAUAAUGCGCGCCCGCCCCGAGGAGUUCUCCAGUCAGACGAACAGCGUAAAUCCCAGUCCCAAGAAGCAGCCGCGUCUCAAUCUAUUGUCUCCCUCGUCGGCCAGGGCCCUGCCUCUUCCAUUGCCAGCCACUGCCGUGGCGGCAGCGGCUCAACCGGGGCCGCAGCACCAUUGCGGCCACGAGCCAGCGGGUGCGGAGAACUGCUGCAAGCGCUACAAACUGGAGGAUCAGCUCUGCGAUAUACAGUUUAUUGAUUGCGGCACGCCCGAGCAUGCGCCGACGGUGCAGCAACAGUUUGCCAGCGUGGAAGUGCAUCCGCCACCGAAGCCCGCUAGGUCGCAUGCGCCAGGACCCACAUCUCCUGCCUCGGCGCGGUAUAGCUAUCCGUCAGUGCAAUUGGGGGCCAAGCGAAAGGAGCAGCAGGCGGCCAAGGAGAGAUUUAGCUAUCAGGGGACGUUCAUGCAGCAAGGGGGGAAGCCAGAGCAGACCCCACGUCCCGCAGUGCACAAUAACACGGUACCAAUGCGCACCAAACCCCGAGUGGAACUGCCGCCAGAUGCCACCGAUUCGCAGGGAAAGCUAUCGGUGGCCACACCCACAACGCCUCAAAGGAGUCCACGAUACAGCCUGCUGCUGUGCGACACGGAGGAGAGCUCUGAGAACAGUUCGGCUGUGACCACACCCCAAUACGAUAUGGAGCCACUGAUGCGAACCUCAGCCAUGUCGGGCAUCUCUGGGGUAUCCUCCAACAUGCAGCAGCAGCUGCUGAUGGGAGGCGGUAGCUCUCAUGAGAGUCUGGGGCAGCAUUUUAACAAUCACCAAGACAUGGAUCAGCGUGAUAUGAAUGCCCUGAAACGAGAGUUGUCUUUAGAUUUGCAACCAGUGCAGCCACGCCUGCCGCAGCCCGCGAAUCGUGCGGCCACAUUGCCCGUGAAGGAACAACUGCAGGCAGCAGCAGCCGCUGCCUCGCCCAACAAUUCGAAUUUCACGGACAACACUAGUCAGUCGGUAACGCCCAGCGAAUACGGCUACCAGCACUUGCAGCGGCAUCUCAGCAUGCACUCGCUGCUGGCCACAGAGGAGAGCUCCCCGGUGUACGAGGACUUUGAGCAGACGCCCAGCAAUGGACUGCACAAACUGGUGGCAGCCACAAGUCCCAUUAAGUCAACCAUAAGCAUCACAUACAAGUCCCCGGAGAAGGAGAAGCCCCAGCAGAAGCUGCUGGAAACCAACUUUGACGAGAAUAUCGUGUACGAGCAGGUGAAGCUCUUCCGCAAUUCGGUGACGGAAGUCAAUCAGAUGAUGCUGAGAGACCAGGAGACGCGACCGCCCUGUCUGAAGCAGAUCGAGGAGGAGGAGCACGAUGUGUGUGCCAGCAAGGCGGAAGAGAUGACAGAGCAAUUGCUCCAAUUGGAAAAGGAGCAGCAGCAGCAGCAACAGCAACAGCUCUUGGAGCAUCAGGAACUGACCGAAGACGAUGAGCAGGAAUCCCAAUUGCUGUACGAAAACAUUGAGCUACGAAAACCGAAAACAGUCUACGAAAAUCUACGUGGCGAGGAAAUGAAACUCAUUUUAGAGCCAGACCUCAAACCAGUCGUCAACAGUGAUCGAAUCGAAUUGGAUAGUCUCGACAGUUUGCCCGACAACAUGGAACAGGAGCACGAGCUGCCAACAGAACUCCAUCUGGCACCAAUGCCAGCCAUGCCAGUCAGCAAAUCGCCAUCGUUCAGUGUCAAGGAGUUGGCCAAUAAAUUCGAGAGUUCUCCGGUGGAGCAGCUGCCCAGCUUUGACUUUUCGGUGCGCGGCGGCUCCAUGAAGAAGCCAAAUGAGUUGAGUGUGCCUCUGUCCAUGCCCAAGGCCAUGCCCGCACCUGUUCCACUAAAGAAACUCAACAACGCACAGAAGAUCACGCGUUCGCUGGACGAGAAUGCCUUUGUGCGUGAGUUUGGGGGCAAACAGUUGCAGGAUCUGUCGCUGAGCAAGUUGCCAGAACUGCCAGAAAUGAACAAUCGCCGCAAGAGCUUCGAUUUUACGCGUCCCAAGACUUUGAAUCCCCCAAAGAGGCUGCCGGGUAUGAGCAUCACCGAGGAGAUUUGUCAGAAGCGCGGCAGCGGCGGCGGCGGCGAACCCGAACCGAUUGCCAUCACUCCCACCACAGAGAAUCGCAUUUCCCUCAUACAGAAUAAUGUACCCAAAGAUCAGCCAGCAUCAGCUACGCCGUUUCCCCCACCUGUCGGACGAAAGAGUGUGGUCGCGGGAGUGAUUCUCGAUCGCGAGCGCAUUGAGAAGAUCAAGGAGGAGCGACGCCAGCAGUUGACACAGAAGUACCAUGGCGACACAUUGAAGUCGCGAUCCAAAACGGAACUCAACUCAACGGACGACAGUAAUUUCCCCGCCACGGAGUCGUUGCGCAUUAAAUCCAAGUCACGCGGUGAUAUGCACUCACUGCAAAAGGACAUGGACAUGAAUCUGAAGCAACUGGCCCGUGUACCGGGCGGUGGCUCUGAGAGCACACUACAUACAGUACCCAGCGAUUAUGUGGGGCAAGGAAAUGGACAGCAGGGACAACAGCAGCAGCGUGUGCGUAGCAUUUCCGAUGAGAAGAAUCAAAAUUGUGAUACCAAUAGUGGUGGUGGAGUUGCAGGUGGAGGUGGUGUGGGCACAACGCUUCUGAGUGUAAAAACGGCUGCCCAGAAAUACGGCAACCAGAAGGCAGCUCCAUCAUCGUCAGCAUCGAUAGCAUCGUCGUCGUCAUCGUCGUCUGGGCUGGUGCGUGGCCCACCACCGCAGCCCCUGCCACGUGAGCGCAUGCCACAAAGGAAUUCGUUGGCAGCCGAGAGCAAUGCGAGCGCCAACAACAGAGAAAAGAUCUCACCACAAUUCUCAAUACGCGAUGUGACAGCGAUGUUCGAAUCUCGUUCACAAAACCAAUAGAGUUUAAGUAAAGAACAAAACUUACCAACUAAAUUGCAUCGAAAUAAUGAGACAGACGGUUAUACGCCUUCUGCUAUAUAUAUAAUCACAUUUAAUAAUGGAUUCGGCAGCGAAUUAUAUAUGCUAUAUAUUUUAUUUAGUUUUCUAAAACAUGUACUUUUAAGCAUUGGAAAUUCUCUCUUAUAUCUGGCGCGAGCGGCAACCCCAAAGACACUUUCAGCUACAUACUAUAAAAUGCCGCCUGAGGAUUCGGAUCUGGAUAGCAAGAAUAAUAUAUAAUGAUAAUGACAACGCCUUGCGCCCUGAAAUCGUAUGCAAAAUUCAAUUUUGUUUUGGAGAAAGAAGAGCAUCAAGAUGGAAGAGAGAAAGUUGAACUAAAAGACCAUCCUAUACCCCCCAAGUGGAUGAAAAUUGUUAAUGCAUUUCAUACCCCCAUAAAGGUGUUACGUUUCAUUGAAAAAGUUAAUUAAAUUUCGGUUUUUAUUUGUAUUUUUGUGAUUUUUUGUUUGUUUCUCGAAUGUUUUCUGUAAUUCUAAUUUUUCUUUUGACGCGUAAGAGCUUUCUGUAAGCAUUUUGCAAGCAACUUUGAGCGAGUUGUAUUUAAGUUAAUUAUUAUACGAUUAAUUUAUACAUACUAUAUCUUUUAAAACAAUAAACUCGAUUGCAUUGUCCCCACUUCGAUCCAUAAAUACA